AGAAUGCAUCAAGCAAAUUUUUUUCAAAUGGGAACAGAUGAAAUUUUAACUAACGACAAAAUAGAAACCCAAAGACUGUUUUUCUUUUCUCUUCUUUCUUUUCUUUUUUUUUUGCAUACUCAUUAUGAAUACAGUAGAAGCACAAAUCAAUAAGGCUAAACAUGCACUUCAUUCUGCUGUAGAAAAUAACAAUGUUGAGGCUUGUUUAGACAUUUUAAACAAUUUGAGUAAAAUUAAGGCUACCGGUGAUCUUUUAAAGAGAACGGAAAUCGGUAAAGUAGUUGGAAAAUUAAGAACGCAUAAAGAUAAUCAACUAUCGAUUAAGGCAAAAGCUAUCGUAAAGAAGUGGAAAGAUGAUGUUGUUCAACAGUCGACCAGUAACAAUCCAAAUACAAAAAAGCCAACAGCACAAUCACCACCUACGGAUACAGUUAGUGUUGCUAGCACAGAAGCCAGUAGAGCAUCAUCACAGACCUCUUCACCAAAGACACCCUCGAAUGAAGGAGUGGCGCGUACAAUCAAGUCGGAUGAAGUAACAUAUAAAUCAACAGGAAAUGUACCUCGUAACAAAACAAUUGAAUUGAUGUAUGCAGCAAUUGGGUUCAAUAGUGGAGCAGACUCUGAUCUAUUGCUGAAACGUUCACUAGCUAUAGAAGCUAGAAUAUUCCAAGAAUACGGCGAUGUCAAUGAAGGAUAUAAAAGCAAGGUGCGUACACUGGCAAACAACCUGAAGAACAAAAGUAAUCCUGGGCUACGUGAGAGUGUUGUUAGCGGUGAGCUCACAGUUGAAAAACUCUGUACGAUGAGCGUUGAAGAAAUGGCAUCUGAGGAGGCACAGGCGCGUGAUAGAAAAUUAGCAGAGGAAGCUUUAUUUAAAGCUAGAGGCGCAACAAGUGCACAAGCCGAAACAGACAUGUUCAAGUGCGGUAAAUGCCAAGGCAGAAAAUGUACUUACUUCCAAAUGCAAACACGAAGUGCGGAUGAACCGAUGACAACGUUUGUUACAUGUGUCAAUUGUGGAAACCAUUGGAAGUUUUGUUAAUGAUAGAAUUAAUAAAUGCACGUAUUUAUUUAUAAAGUAUUUGUGUUUAACUUUUUAAAAGAAAAAUUCGAAACUUUAUUAUAAACAAAUAAAAAUUAAGUGUAGUUCGAAAAGAUAAAU